AUGUCACGCUGUACAGUUUGGCCCAAAGCCACCCUCUCACGUGAUCUCCUGAUUUCUGCCGAUCUGAGGGACGUGCUCGCCAUCGCCGCCGACGUCAAGACCCCUCAAGAUGAGUACGAGGCACCCCGUCACGGCUCCCUUGGCUUCCUUCCGAGAAAGCGCGCUGCGCGCCAUCGCGGAAAGGUCAAGUCCUUCCCCAAGGAUGACCCCAAGAAGCCCGUGCACUUGACUGCCUUCAUGGGCUACAAGGCGGGCAUGACCCACGUUGUUCGUGAUCUUGACCGUCCAGGCUCCAAGAUGCACAAGCGCGAGGUUGUGGAGGCUGUCACGAUCGUCGAGACCCCGCCUGUCAUGGUUGUCGGCGUCGUCGGCUACGUCGAGACCCCGCGUGGCCUCCGCGCACUCACCACCGUCUGGGCAUCCCACUUGUCCGACGAGGUCCGCCGCCGGUUCUACAAGAACUGGUACCGCUCGAAGAAGAAGGCCUUCACGCGCUACGCGAAGAAGGCGUCCGAGAACGACGGCAAGCUCAUCUCUCGCGAGCUCGAGCGCAUCCGCAAGUACUGCACCGUCGUCCGCGUCCUCGCGCACACGCAGAUCCGCAAGACGGGUCUCAGCCAGAAGAAGGCGCACCUCAUGGAGAUCCAGGUCAACGGCGGCUCCGUCGCGGACAAGGUCGAGUUCGCGCACGGUCUGUUUGAGAAGCCGGUCGAGAUCGGCUCCGUCUUCGAGCAGGACGAGUGUGUUGACAUCAUCGCCGUCACGAAGGGCCAUGGCUUCGAGGGUGUGACUCACCGUUGGGGCACCAAGAAGUUGCCACGGAAGACGCACAAGGGUCUCCGCAAGGUCGCUUGUAUCGGUGCAUGGCAUCCGUCCAAGGUCAUGUACUCGGUGGCGCGUGCCGGUCAAAACGGUUACCACCACCGUACCGAGAUCAACAAGAAGAUCUACCGUGUCGGUCUCGGCAGCGACGACGGCAACGCGUCCACUGAGCACGACAUCACCAAGAAGGCGAUCACGCCCAUGGGUGGCUUCCCGCACUACGGUAUCGUCAAGAACGACUACCUCAUGCUCAAGGGCUCCAUUCCGGGUACCAAGAAGCGCAUCAUCACCAUCCGCAAGUCGCUCAUGGUCCACACCUCCCGCCGGGACCUCGAGAAGGUCUCCCUCAAGUUCAUCGACACCUCCUCGAAGUUCGGCCACGGUACCUUCCAGACCUUCGAAGAAAAGGCCGCGUUCUUGGGAACGCUCAAGGCCAGGGCUUGAUCUACUCGGCGGUCUGCUCACUUCCUUAUGUAGUCGUUAUGCUGUACUCCUCCCACUACCCAUCACCAUGCCAUAUGGAUAUGCAUAACUGUAUCAUCAUCA